CGAACCUGCCCAUAGGAGGCAAAAUUCAAUCUUCACCCGCUCUCCACUCCUCCUCCCACAUCAACCGCCGACAGCCAGGGCCUGCAGUAGUCCUGGACCCGUCAAAGAUUGAAGAACACGGCUGUCCGCCAGCCCCACCACCGUCACCAUUCCUCCCACAUCCCCUCCCCCCACGCGUCAGGUCGAUAUACCCCUCCGUUCCCUAGUUUCUCGACCGUCUUCUUCGUCAGAUCCUCAACACACAGAAUAUCCUCCCCCAGGGCCUUCACAUCAUAACCCUCCCCACGGCCACUCUUCAUCCUCUCGGUCAUCCAUCGACUCAGACUAUUCUGGGUUCUCUUGGAGUGAUACCGGUGACUUAGCUGAACAACUUGGGGAGGAGGAUCCCUUAUCCAUUAGACUUCAGGAAAUCCUCGGCGACGGUCUCAGUGGCCCGUCAUCUAGCACUCGUUUCUCUCACCGCCGCCCUGGCUCGAAGAAGGUGCGUCAUCACCGACGCAGGUCUUCAGCCUCACAGUCAUCCCACCACGACGGACACCGUCGACAAGAAAUAGAAAUCCCUAUACCUACCCCAGGACCCAGGAAAGUAUCGAGAGCAGAAAAGGCUUUAGUCUCCAUCAUGACUUGCGGUCGUAAUGGCAGCUCUGUGCACGGGCUCACGGGGAAGCCCUUACUAUAUUUUACGAGUGUUUUCGUAAGUUUGGGGGUGUUUUUGUUCGGCUAUGACCAAGGGGUCAUGUCCGGGAUCAUCACCGGCCCUUACUUUAAGGAUUAUUUCAAUCAGCCCACCAGAGCCCAGAUAGGGACUAUGGUAGCUAUCUUGGAAGUCGGAGCAUUUGUAUCAUCCUUGAUUGUAGGCCGAGUCGGAGAUAUCAUUGGAAGGCGAAAAACUAUUUUCUAUGGAGCUAUUAUCUUUGUUACUGGAGGCGCUCUACAAACUUUUACUACUGGAAUGGGAUCUUUAAUCCUUGGCCGUAUCAUUGCUGGUGUUGGUGUUGGUGCACUCUCAACCAUCGUUCCGGUUUAUCAGUCUGAGAUCUCGCCCCCACAUAAUCGAGGCCAGCUUGCAUGUAUCGAAUUCACGGGUAACAUCGUGGGAUACGCAUCGAGUGUCUGGGUAGACUACUUCUGUAGUUUUAUCGAGAGUAACUACUCCUGGAGACUCCCGCUCUUUAUGCAAUGUAUUAUGGGCUCUUUGCUCGCGAUUGGCUCCCUUAUCAUCUCCGAAUCUCCAAGAUGGCUACUUGAUAAUGACUAUGAUGAAGAAGGGAUGAUUGUCUUGGCAAAUCUUCAUGGGGGUGGCGAUAUCCACAAUGAGCGUGCGAGGGACGAGUACCGUGAAAUCAAGGAGAAUGUCCUCGUCAUGCGCUCGGAGGGUGAACGAUCCUACGCCGAGAUGUGGAAUAGGUACAAGAAACGCCUCUUGAUUGCCAUGUCAUCCCAAGCGUUCGCUCAGUUGAAUGGUAUCAACGUUAUCUCGUACUACGCUCCCAUGGUUUUUGAGCAGGCCGGGUGGGUCGGUCGCGAUGCUAUUCUUAUGACCGGGAUCAAUGGAAUCGUCUAUGUCCUCAGCACCAUCCCCCCAUGGUAUCUUAUGGACAAGUGGGGCCGUCGUCCUAUCUUGCUUUCUGGAGCCAUCAUCAUGUCCCUCGCACUCACGGCGAUAUCGUACUUCAUUUACAUUGAUGUCCAUUACACUCCAAGGAUGGUGGUCAUAUUUGUCAUUAUUUACAACGCAUUUUUCGGAUACUCAUGGGGACCUGUCCCAUGGCUGUACCCCCCGGAGAUCAUGCCCCUCAGCAUCAGAGCCAAAGGAGCUUCCCUUUCGACUGCGACCAACUGGGCAUUCAACUGGUUGGUAGGAGAGAUGACGCCAAUUCUACAGGAUUGGAUCAAAUGGCGCCUUUAUCUGGUGCAUGCGUUCUUCUGCGCCGUCAGUUUUGUUCUUGUAUACUUUGUUUAUCCAGAGACCAAGGGCGUCCAACUCGAGGACAUGGACGCUAUCUUUGGUGACCAAACACCCCCUACCGCGCAACAGUCACUCCUUCAUCCCAGUCGCAGUGGUAGCCCGGUUCCUUCACUCGAUAUCGGAAGUGCUGAUUCAAAGAAAUCGAGACCACCGGGCCGAUCAGGGAGCGGUCGAGGAAUUGGUGGAUUGUUCAGCAGAUUAUUUGCGAAAUCAGAAUACGAGUCUGGAGGAAACUAUAGAAGGCUGGAUGAGGGAGAUGAAGUUUAGAUGAAUCGGCUGGAGUUUUUUUUUUUUUUUAAGAUUUGUUUUGUUCUCUAUUUUAUAUUUUGUUCGGUUUCUUCUUGGCCUAAGGAUUCCCCCUCCUGUUGGGCUGUCACAUUGGGUAUUCACAUUAUUUCUAGGGCUUUGUUAGGACGCAUGGUUAGUAUUUGGAAUGUCUUUUAUCCCCUACCGUAUCCCCUACUUCAUCCCCUACUUCACCCCUUCCACUGUUCGCUAUUUUCUUCUUCUUUGCUUUCCUCACUGCUUUUGUGUUUGGAUGUUGUCCGGGAACAUGAUUAGAGGUUUUCCUUGUUUUGCCACUGUGGCCAAAAAAAAGGGGGGUAGAGGUGUGUGGUCUACUUGGUAUGCAGCUUUUUCAGCUUGGAGGAGGUUUUAUUUUAUUUUAUCAGAGUGGAGAGGGAUCGGGAAUGGCUUCUUGUACGUUUCACCACCAUUGAAUUAGUUUGUCCGAA